CAGUCAAUAGUAUUUUUGUUGUAUUUUGUGCAUAGAUCUCUUGUAUCUGGAUGAUGAAAGCAAAAAACGCAGCUGUGAACAAUAGCUCGCGAGUGGCUGACCUGAGCGUGCACUAAAACCCUGUGACUAUGACUACUUCGGAGCUGGACAGCCGCAACAUAGCAAUUUCCAUGAGAAAGUCGGUGGAAAACCUGGUGAUAUCGUCUCAAGAUGCCAUCGGUCAGAGCAUCAGCCAGGCUCUGACCUUCUCCGGGGUCAUCACACAGCACACCAACCAGAUCCUUCAGGAAAACAAAAACCUGUCACGUUCGCCAUCGCCAUCUUUACGCAACCCUGACAACAACGCUGAACAGCUAGAAAAUGACAAGGAUGGAGCCCCCGAUUCAGUGUCUCUCGGCAGCGCCAGCGAGCUUUCCCUACCAACGGCCGUUGCGCUACGGAGCGAACAGAGGCGUACAUCCGAAGGUCGCACCAAGAAGAAGAGCUGGUAUAGCUCCUUCUACCCGACAUACAAGAGCAAGUGUGAGGACUUCAAGCGGCUCUUUAAAGAUCUGCCCGAUGAGGAGCGACUUAUUGUUGACUAUUCCUGCGCGCUACAGAAAGACAUCCUGGUCCACGGCCGUCUAUACGCGUCGCAGAACUACCUCUGUUUCCACGCUAGCAUCUUCGGGUGGGAGACCAGCUUAUCUUUACGAUGGAAAGAUGUCACCGCUAUUACUAAAGAGCGAACAGCACUUGUGAUACCAAACGCGAUCCUCAUCUGCACAGAAACUGAGAAGAAUUUCCUCACAUCAUUCUCCGGCCGGGACAAAUCGUAUCUGAUGCUGUUCAGGAUCUGGCAGAACGCGCUCAUGGGACAGCCUGUCAGUAGCCAGGAGAUAUGGCAUUGGGUCCACAAGUGUUACGGCGAAGAGCUGGGCUUCAACUCUGACGACGAGGGAUAUUCGCGGGACCUGCCAGACCCUGCGGCUCUGCCUGAGAUCAUCGACCCGCCCGACACCGCCUCUGAGGAGUUGGCGGAGACGUCGUCGAUGGACGCUGGUGGCGACCGCGACGAGUCGCGCGAGCGGAACCAACGCGUCCGAGACUCUUCACCCACAGUGGGCAACGGCAGCGGGCUCGGCGCGGACGGCGACGCGCUACCGACAGACAUGUCGGACUCCAGCGACUCCGAGCCUGACAAACCACACAAUGGCGGCGGCGCAGAGAAAUGCUGUAACACCCACUCCGGCAAAGUGUUACUACGUCAAGAGUUCCCGUUUCCCAUCGACCAGAUGUUCACAAUGAUCUUCACCAAUUCCAAGUUUAACCUGGAACUGCUGGCUGCCAGGGGCACGACGGACUAUGUGCAGGCACCUUGGCAACCAGCCGCGGGUCUGAAAUGCCGGCAAGUUAGCUACACAUUAGGGCUCACGUCAGGACCUAUAGGACCAAAGGAGGUGCACGUUACGGAGACACAAGUUAUGAACAAGUGCUCAUGUCCGGGACAUCUUUACUCCAUAGACUGCACGACAGAAAACGCGGGUAUACCCUACGCGGACUAUUUCACAGUUGAAGUCCACUAUUGUUUGCAGCGGGUAGCAGAAAAUUCCACAAGCUUGCAGCUUUUCGCGCAAGUGCGGUAUAAAAAAAACAUGUGGCCCAUGGUUAAAGCAUUCCUGGAAAAGAACACAAUGUCUGGUCUGGACGACUUCGUGCGACUCUUAGAAGCGAGGCUACUCGCCGAGGCGGAGGGCGCUCAGCCGGCGAAGCGAAAAGGCAGGCGUACGAGGAGGCAGACAGCAUCAUCACAAGAAGCGGCUGCAGCUUCCGUAGUUAAACCCACAACGGCCAUCUUAGCACCCCGGGCCAGCGUGUCCCGGCCGGCAGGGCAGAACAGCUCCUGGCUGGUCGGCAUACUGGUGUUACUACUGCUGCUCAACGCUCUGCUCUACUACAGACUCUAUUAUACCGCGCCGAAGGCUAUAGACGCCGCGGAGCUGCAGGACAGAAUCAACUCCCUGAGCGGGGCACAGCUGGCGGACUGGUCGGCGCUGCUGGAGGCGCACUCGCGCCGCCAGCGCGGGCAGCUGCUCGCGUGGCGCCGCGCGCUGGACGCGGCGCGGCAUCAUCUAGCUCAGACGGAGCAAGCUCUCAAAAACCUACUAGAAACGAUCAAACCGACAUUAGAAAAAGACGACGACUCGCCGCGGACUGACCUCUGAGCGACCACCGCUCCCAACAUUGGCCGGGAUUCGUCCAACAUUGGGUUGGAUUCGUCCAACACUGACUUGGAUACAUCCAAUAUCGUAUUGAGUUCUCCCGACGUUAGCUUGGAUUCGUCCAAUGUUGCCUCGAAUUCGUCCAAAGUUGGCUUGGAUUACAACAAUGUCUUGGAUUCGUCCAAAAUUAUCUUGGGUUCGUUCUACAUUGGCUGGCUUCGUCCUACAUUGGUUGGAUUCGUACAACACUGUCCAGGAUUCAUGCAAUAUGUCAAUGGCUCGCCUAUUAGUCAGUGUUGGUCACAUAAUGAAUAUGUUGAUCAUAAUCUUUGACAAGAGUAAGUGCUUUGGUACCAACAUAUUGGUUAUUGACUGUUGUAAACUGAAUCUUCGUUAUUAUGAGGUCAAUAUAAGUUAUAUUGGGUAUUUUGUGACCAAAUUGGGUAGAGUCGGGCCACGCUAAAUUUUCAUGCAAAAUGC